GCUCAUGAUUGAGGACCAGUGGCGCGGCAGUGAUGAGCCGCCAGUGGUGAAGUUGCUGGUACGCAGGUUCAGUUCUCUAUGAUGACUAAUAGAUUAUGAAAAAUGACAGCUUCGUGUUAGGUUUAGAAAGUAGUAUAGCUAUUUAAUCAUAACACUUGCAGCGUAACCAAUUCACCUGUAAAAGGUUCCUAGAGGAACUAACCGAUCUAGCUAGCUCUCGCUCCGGACUACACACCGCUACUGACAGCAGCUACCGGCGGCUAAUGCUAACUACAGCGACCGCUUUUAUUCACAUGAGUUUGUGGGACACGAGAUGUUAUCCUUCAAAGCGAGAGGGGCAACAUAACGGGCGUUUGUCGGGCUGACACCAAUCUGCAUCUACACGGCUAGAGAGAAGAGACGUUCAUUAUCCGACGUCCUCAAAACCAAAGGACGCCGGGCCCCCAUCCACCACAAAAAUGGAGUUGGCAAUGUAGCGGCAGCCGCACCAGAGAGAGCGAGGGCUAGAGGGGCAAGAAGGAGAGAUGCAAGAAAGUCGGGACUCUGCAACCCGCGACUCAGGCAGCCUGGCAAAGGCUCACCCGGCGCUGAAAGCCUUCAUGUGUGGCUCUCUGAGUGGCACCUGCUCAACACUGCUCUUCCAGCCCCUGGAUCUGGUGAAGACCCGUCUGCAGACGCUGCAGGGAAAUGUCAAGCCAGGGACUUCCAAGGUGGGGAUGUUCAGCGUGUUUCUUCACGUCAUCAGGACAGAAAACGUCUUUGGCCUGUGGAAAGGAGUCUCACCAUCCUUUGUCCGCUGUGUCCCCGGGGUAGGCAUCUACUUCAGCACCUUCUACUCCCUGAAGCAGCACUUCUUUCAGGACCAGGCCCCCAACGCGGGCCAGGCUGUCCUGCUGGGGGCCGGGGCCCGCACCGUGGCCGGGGUCAGCAUGCUGCCCGUCACUGUCAUCAAGACGCGCUUUGAGAGUGGCCGAUACAACUACGUGAGCAUGGCCGGGGCUGUGAGGAGCAUGUACCAGACCGAGGGCCUCAGGGCUCUGUUCUCCGGGCUGACUGCCACCUUGCUCAGAGACGCGCCCUUCUCCGGCAUCUACGUCAUGUUCUACAGCCAGGCCAAGAGAGCCCUGCCUCCCGACGGAAACGGCACAGUGUAUGUCCCGCUGGUGCACUUUGGCUGUGGGGUGGUGGCCGGCGUGCUGGCCUCCCUGGUCACCCAGCCUGCCGACGUGGUGAAGACACACAUCCAAGUCAGCGCCUCGCACUACAGCACGUCACAGGCUAUCCAUUACAUCUACAACGAGAACGGCCUACGGGGGUUCUUCAGAGGGGCUGUGCCCAGGUCUCUGCGACGCACGCUUAUGGCCGCCAUGGCUUGGACCGUCUAUGAGCAGCUGAUGGCGAGGAUGGGCCUCAAGUCCUGAAGCGGGGCAUUCUGCUUGGUCGCCGGUGAGCUGGCUGGCGCGAAGGAUUGGCGUGAGGAGAGAGUGCAGGGGGCACGGGGCUGUGUGCGUGUUUCAUUGUAUCGUCUCAAUAUUUGGAAAGGAAAGCCUCAACCUUGUGAGCUUGUGAUCCGACACCUGAUGUUGUCUUACGUCUGACGAUGUCUACGUGUGAAACUCCCUGUCCAGAUGCUGAGCAGCAUCGAGGACCCCUGAAGUAAUGUAUAACCCAACCAACCCUGUGACAACAUGAAAUGGUGUGCACUCGUUUUGGAGACCAAUUCACCCUCCGCAAACUGGUGUACUUCGUACCAAAAAUGACCCAGAAGACCUUGUUUUUAAUUUUUUAGAUUAUCGUUUUUUCGGAUGGAGAACAAUCCUUGCUGUCGCCAUAUUUAUAAAGUGCUUUUACUUGAUGCAUUUCUUGACUGCAUAUAUUUAUUUAUUAACUGGUGGAGAGUUUGAUGUUUUCGUGCUCAGACAAUCGCCCAAAGAGCUGGACUGCUGUGCAUUGUGUGUUAUAAUGAAAGGUUGUACUAGUUAACAUAAUUCAACUUAAUGCUAUGCUAUGCUAACCUCUAUAGGCUUCCUAUCACUCCAAAUUAUAGUCACACUAAAUACCUGUUAGGGUUGUUUAAAAGUAGAGUUUGCUUUGUGUUUUGCAAUGGCACAUGAAUAGAGUUUGAAUGACGUUCAUGAAAGCACUUUGAUUUCACAGUUUAAUGUGAACAGGUGGUGGCAGAAUAAAACGGAUUGCUUAUAAAAUGCAAAUGUAUACAAUUAUGGAACCCAGCAUUCAGACUAGGAAUUGUGUGGUACACUGGAAACACUGUUUGAACGAAGCACUGACGUGAGGAUGGUACUAAGUAUGAUUAGCCCAUCUGUUUUAUUCCUGGAUUCCUGAAUGGUUUCUCCAAGAUUUGUAAAAAAAAUACUAAGGUAAAAAGAGUAAUAAUUAUAUGAUGUGAGCUAUAUAAUGUUACUUUAUGGAAGUCUAUACUUAGUAAAGACAUCAGCACAUUUAUCAGGGAGUCUAUUGGAAUAGAAAUUCUGAUCGGAUUAAAACAUUUGGAGUGAAUAGUUCAUCAAGAAGACCCUUGAUGAACUAAGGGUUAAAACCAACUUAUAGGGUUACAGUACAUUUAGCUGACCCUCAAAACUGAUUUGAUUGGUCAACUCUAAUUAAGUACAAGCAAAAAAAAAAGAAAAAAGUACAAGAGUAUUAACAUACUCCUAACCAAAUAAGUUGGAUGGGGUUUGCAUUGUUAAAGUAUGUGUAGUCUUUCUGUACAUUUGUCAUCUUUACACGUAACUCCUGUUAUCUGACCUGUGCCAAAAUAAAUUGCAACCAACUGAUUGCCAGUAUUUCAGAAUUAUGUCCUGUCAGUCUUAGAGCCUUCUCCAUGUUGAUGUUCUGUUUUGAAGAUUAUGUGUAUGGUCAUUGUACCUGUGGGCAUUUGGUCUGUAUUUGACUGUUCAGAUGAAUCCUGUGCCUGUUUAUUUGCAAAGUAUAUAAAAGUUUACCUUUUGUAAUGAA